AUGAGUAUCCCAGUAGGUAUUGAUUUCGGGAAUUUGAAUUCUAUUUACGCCGUCACUAGAAAUAAGGGGAUUGAUAUAGUUGUUAACGAGGUUUCCAAUCGUUCUACCCCUACUAUUGUUGGGUUUGGUGAAAAAAAUAGAUUUAUUGGAGAAGCUGGUAAGACUAAACAAGCUUCCAAUGUUAAAAAUACAGUGGGUAGUUUAAAGAGAAUCUUAGGUCUUUCUUUUGAGGAACAAAGCGAAUUGGCCAUUGAACAAAACUAUGUCGAUGCCCAACUAAUUAAGACUCAGGAAGAUAAUGUUGGAGUCCGAGUAAAUUAUUUGAAUCAGCCACAAGAAUUUUCCUCAACUCAAUUAGCUGCUAUGUUUUUCAGUAAAUCAAAAAGGACUAUUGAAGAUGAAACUAAAGCCCCAGUAACUGAUGCAGUUAUUACUGUUCCAGCUUGGUAUGGUGAAAAACAAAGAUACGCAGUUCAUGAUGCUGCUAAGAUGGCUGAUUUGAAUCCUGUUAAUAUCAUCAACGAAACUACAGCUGCUGCCAUUACAUAUGGGUUAUUUAAACCGGACUUACCUGUGAAAUCCAAGGAUACCCCAGAAGUAAAGCCUAGAAUUGUUGGUAUCAUUGAUAUAGGACAUUCUACUUAUACUUGUUCUAUAAUAGCAUUCUAUCAAAAUGAAUUGAAAGUUUUAGGUACAGGGUAUGAUAAACAUUUCGGUGGUAGAAAUAUUGACUAUGCCAUUGCUAACCAUUUUGUUGAAGAAUUUAAAUCAAAAUAUAAGAUUGAUAUCUCAACAAAUCCCAAAGCAUUUAAUAGAAUCGUUGCAUCUUCGGAGAAAUUGAAAAAAGUCUUGUCUGUUAACACUUCGUCCUCCUUUUCUGUGGAAUCUGUGAUGGAUGAUAUCGAUGUAAAAUCAGAGUUAGCUAGAGAAGACUUAGAGGAAAUGAUAUCCCCACUUUUAUCAAAAGUUUCGGGCCCUGUAGAAUUAGCUUUAAACCAGGCCAAAAUUUCUGUAGAUAAAAUUGAUUCUAUUGAAUUAAUUGGCGGUACAACUCGUGUGCCAGCAAUUAAACAGCAAUUAUCACAAUUAUUCAAGGGGAGGCCAUUAGCCUCUACCAUUAAUCAAGACGAAGCUAUAGCAAAGGGAGCUGCAUUCGUGUGUGCUACUCACUCUCCAAUUGUCAGAGUCAGGCCUUAUAAAUUCCAAGAUAUAAAUCCAUAUUCUGUAACUUAUGAAUGGGAAAGACAAGAUAUCUCAGAACCUAAUGAGAUUACAUCCUUAGAAGUCUUUCCAAAAGAUUGUCCAAUUCCAUCUACAAAGAUAUUCACCUUACCACGCUCAGGUGACUUUUCUGUUCAUAUUAAUUAUACAAACCCAUUAGAAGUUUCGAAAUCUACUAAUCAAAAAUUAAGUAGAUGGCAUAUUCAUGGUAUUUCUCUUGAGGAAGAUCAAGAAUCUGUACCAGUUGAAUUAAGACUAAGAUCUGAAAUCUCAGGAUUUUAUAUCAUUAGAGACGCUUAUACUUUAAAACAAGAUCCAUCAAUUACUGAAAAACCUAAUACUGGUGAAAAAAAUCAUAACAAUUCUCAAAAGCCAAAAUAUGUUAGAGAUAAAAGAUUAAAUGUUAAGAGUCAUACUUUUGCAAUUUCUCAUAAAGCUUUGAAAGAAUUGAAAAAAAUUGAAGAAGAUAUGAUUAAACAAGAUAUUUUAGUUGAAGAAACUGAAGAACGUAAAAACUCGUUUGAAGAAUAUAUAUAUAAUUUAAGAGCCAAAUUGGAAGGUGAUUAUGUACCAUUUGUCUCAGAAGAUGAAAAGGAAAAAUUACAAUCUUUAUUGUUACAAGAAGAAGAUUGGUUAUAUGAAGAUGGUGAAGAUGCUUCUAAAGAAGAAUAUAUGACAAGACAUGAUGCAUUGAGUGAACUAGCUGAUCCUAUUCGUCGUAGAUAUCUGGAAAGUGAAAAGCAAAAGCAAUUAGCUAAAGAUGCGAGUAAUCUCUCAAAGCAACAGCAAACUAACGAUAAAAAAGUGGUUCAAAACAAUGAAGGACGCGACGAAAAAUCACAAAAAAUAGAUAAAGAAGGUGAUGUAGAUAUGGCAGAUUGA